AUCGGUGAACGUCUCUCGUAACGAAUCAUGUGGAGGAUCACUUGUGCUGUCCUGGUGGUGGUAGCAGCGGCUACGGUGGCCGAUAAAGCCACCCCUAGAUCGGGGGAAGAGUUGGUAAACACGGUGUUGGGCAGAUGCGGUGACAUGAGAUGCGUCAAGGAAAACGUACUGGAUUACUUGGAUAAUGUGUUGGGGAUUCAGAGCGAUGCUAGGAGUACCAAGGAUAUCGACGCAGCAAUAUUUAAGAGAGCAGCUCGUGUCUUCCAAACCCAAGAAUUCCGAUUGAGAGUACCUUCAAUGAUCGCUGAAGAUACAGAUAUUGUUUACAAUCCAACAGAAGGUUUGAACAUUGUAUCCAGCGAAAAUGAAUCUCGUGGAAUUCUCAAGAAGAAGCUUUUCUUCCCACUCCUCCUUCUUUUGAAGUUAAAAAUGAAACUCUUGAUGCCCAUCAUCGUAGCUCUUACCAGCUUGAAAGCUCUUAAGGCUUUGAUCUUGUCCAAACUAGCUAUCCUUUUGGUACUUGGUUUCAUUAUUUACCAACUCGUAGGCAAAUCUGGAAUGCCAAUGCCAAUGAUGUCAAUGGCACCAGCAGAACCACCAAUGUCUCUGUACGGACCUCCAGCACCGGCACCUUCCACAGCUCCACCAAGUUCGUACGAACCAGGCUGGGAACCAAACAGUGGAGGACCUUACUCCAGAGUAUGGUCUCCAUCAAACAGCGAUGCAUCUAGCAUCGCAUAUUCUGCAUAUUAUCCCGGAUCUUCAAGCAGCUCAGCUGGAUCAUCUACCAGUCGCCCCUAAGAUGCAUUCUGUUAUAAGCGUUUGACUGAUAUUUUGUUAUUUAAUUUAUUUAUUUUCGAAACGCACUUGUUUGAAAUAAAGUUGUUUUUUUAUUUUAA